AUGUCGCAAGUACAGGAGCACAUCAUCCAGGACCCCCACAGCUCGCAGUACAAUAUCCACGCGACGGGGGCGUCGGAACGGCAGGGCUCGAGCGAGCACACUGACGGAGACGUGAUCGAGGUGCACGCGGAGAGCGGGCGCGGGCAGGGGUACGAGGAGGACGUGGCGCUGGCGGCGUUUGUGCCGCUGGAGCGGCUGCAGGUGAACGGCAUAACAAACAACGAUCUCAAAAAGCUGCGCGAGAACGGGCUACACACGGUGGAGGCGGUGGCGUACGCGCCGCGCAAGGACCUGCUCGAGAUCAAGGGCAUUUCGGAGGCCAAGGCGGACAAGCUGCUGGCGGAGGCAGCGCGCCUAGUUCCCAUGGGGUUUGUGACUGCGGCGGACUUCCACCUACGGCGGGCGGAGAUGAUUUGCCUGACGACCGGGUCGAAGAACCUGGACACACUGCUUGGGGGUGGGAUCGAGACGGGGUCCAUCACCGAGCUGUUUGGUGAGUUCAGAACGGGUAAAUCUCAGUUGUGCCACACGCUGGCCGUCACGUGCCAGAUACCGCUAGAUAUGGGCGGCGGCGAGGGCAAGUGUCUCUACAUAGACACGGAGGGCACGUUUCGGCCCAUCAGACUAGUCUCAAUUGCGCAGCGGUUUGGACUGGAUCCCGACGAUGCAUUGAACAACGUUGCAUACGCGCGUGCGUAUAACGCUGAUCACCAGCUACGGUUGCUGGACGCGGCGGCCCAAAUGAUGAGCGAGUCGCGCUUUUCGCUGAUUGUGGUUGACUCCAUCAUGGCUCUCUACAGAACAGACUUUUCGGGUCGUGGCGAACUGAGUGCCCGGCAGAUGCACCUGGCGAAGUUCAUGCGGGCGUUGCAGCGUCUGGCAGAUCAAUUCGGAGUGGCGGUUGUGGUAACAAACCAGGUUGUGGCGCAGGUCGAUGGCGCCGCAAUGUUCAAUCCAGAUCCUAAGAAGCCAAUUGGCGGUAAUAUCAUGGCUCAUUCUUCUACUACGAGGCUGGGAUUCAAAAAGGGCAAGGGUUGCCAGCGGCUCUGCAAAGUCGUGGACUCACCUUGUCUUCCCGAGGCAGAGUGCGUCUUUGCUAUCUACGAGGACGGGAUUGGGGACCCAAGAGAGGAUGACGAAGACUAG